GUUUAUAUAUAUUCAGGUACUUAAUCCCAUAUUUUAAAUACCAAAGUCGAGAACAAGUGACUAGGUUAAGACAUUCGUGCUAACAAGAACGCCAACUUGAAUCUAUAUAUAAUAGAUAGAAAGCUCUAAGGAUGCUCCCUCUUACUACAACAAAAACCCCUCUACCGCCACUCAUCUAUAUCACUUCUCCAGUUACGUUAAACCCCAUCUUGGCAUCAAACAAUCAAAGGACCACUUAACCAAGCCAGCACAGCUAUUACCCUCUUGGCAAGCUCGUCAUGGAACUUGGAAUCGAUCCUGGGAAGAAGGGUGAAACUCCCCAGCUUCAUACCCUGCCUCUUGAGCUCCAGGCUAUGAUCGUUAUCGGUAUGGCACCCCAGCACUUUCGGAAGGCCUUCUUCACAUGCCGUUUGGUAUGUCGAAGGCUCAAGGAGGCCACGGACCUUGCUUUCAGGAAUAAAUUCGUCCCCUCGCUCCAAUUUGCGAUUUUUCUAGAUGAAGUUACCGUGGCUCGUAAGUCCGGGCGUCAGAUAGCCGUCCAUGAAGAUGCUUCUAUCAGAGGAGAUUUAGAUUUUACCUCAUUUUCCGAGGAUAAUACUCAGGCUAUCUUAUCUUACGUCCCUAGUUGCGGUGUUGAUACACUUGACGAUACCGUGUUGUCAGAUGACUCAGAAGUUCGGUUCAGGCCUCUUCGAUUUUGGCCACUACGUCCUAUUUUUGGCCUUCUUUGGCGAGGUACCAUGGAGCGUUACCAAGUUCGGACUACAGAGGAUGGAUAUACCAAGCCUUGUCUCAGGAUCUCUGGCAUGUUGUUCCAUUUACCAUAUAUAGACGACAUCAAGUUCGACCCUGAAAAAGUCGAGCUCAGAAUCCCCUGUGUUAGACUUGCGGCCUGCUUGUUCCCCAGACAGAAUGCGUUUGGGGAACAACUCAAGCUAAUGGCAUGCCAGGACCUUGAGGCCACCCGUUGGAGGAUUUCAAUCCCAUCUGUAGAACAAGGGCUACGAAUUGCCUUGCGUUCGAAUGUCGUGCGCGUCGAACGAUUCAAAACAUGCUUCGAAGCGGCUUAUUGGGAAUACUCACGCCAGUUUCGAGAGGAACCAUGCCAGUACUGGGCUCUCCCUUAUACUUAUGAGAAUUCCGAUCCCCUCGAUUGGUACCUAGAAUGGGCCGAGUACGUUAGAAUAAGCUUAACGACUCAUUGAAUAUGAUCUGGCGCGAAUAGAGCAGCUGACAAUAAGUCUGACGG